AACCCGUUUUGGUUGACCCAGUCAGUCAGUCCCUUGUUCCCGCUUCUCACAAGGCGGCAACCACCUGAGGAGCUACCUACAGUACAGUGCAGUGCCACAGCCGCCCAUUUCAAAGGUCUACGCAAUCCCUCUUCCUUUCUAUUACCCCCCUCCACCCCAGAACCUAAUCUGUACUCCAACCUUUCAUCAUCAUCCUGAGCCCGACAAGCAAACAGCAAUAAGUAGCCUGAAAAUACAUCAUCGUUUCCCUCUUUUGCUGUUUCCCCGAACAGCACUCCCGACGCAAUAUUAUCCUCGCUCAACAACAACCAAACAAACAAAUCUCAAUCAACCGCCGCCAUGCGCUCCAAGUUUAAGGACGAGCACCCCUUCGAGAAGCGCAAGGCUGAAGCCGAGCGCAUCCGCCAGAAGUACACCGACCGCAUCCCCGUCAUUUGCGAGAAGGUAGAAAAGUCGGACAUUGCCACCAUCGACAAGAAGAAGUACCUGGUCCCUGCCGACCUGACCGUGGGCCAGUUCGUCUACGUGAUCCGCAAGCGCAUCAAGCUGUCUCCCGAGAAGGCCAUCUUCAUCUUCGUCCAGGACACCUUGCCGCCGACCGCCGCGCUCAUGUCGAGCAUCUACGAGUUACACAAGGACGAGGACGGAUUCCUGUACAUCACCUACUCGGGCGAGAACACCUUCGGCGACCUGUUUGAGGAAGUCGAGUGAGCUUGCUCACUAGGCUGGGGCAAAUCGUCUGUCGAUGCGGAGUGGAUACCAGAACCUAAGCCAGCCACGAAUCGAAUGGACUUUGGGGAGGGACUCACACCGCUUGUUUCCUGUUUUUGUUUGCCUCUAAUGGACCGUUUUUCGACUUGCUGAUUUGGCGUUAAAGAGGGGUUUUUUUUAUUAUUGAACAUGCUGGUUUGGGACUCGGGACUUCUAUAUGUUUGUUUUUGUUUUUUACUUCUUUUUUUUUAUCACCCUUGCCGGUUGCACCGCAGUCAGUCAUCUCCUGGGGAGCGGUGAGAGCAGGAAAUCAUCAGGGUGUUUACGUGUGCGCUUCUUCCAAACAUCUCGCCCUCGGAUUGCCAUUGUUACAUGUGGCUAAUACGAGCGAGAUGUUGAUCGGGGGGAAGCGCACAUUGUACUCCUUGGAAGUUUGGGGAUUAUGCAUGAGGAAAGAAAUGGACAUUUAUCAUGGAAAUAGAAAUCCCCUCUGCUCCUCCCAAGCUGGUUCAGCUUUCCCUGGCUCACCCUGGGUAUCUGCGCUCUUCCUGAGACUGGAAACACCCUCGAAGUGAGAGGACGCGGAGCUUUUUGUAAGAGCAGAAACCGAUUUCCCAGUGACUGAAUUUACUGCGGCUGUGUCUCUCCUGCAUAUGCAUUAGAAUUCCCAGGUUGAACUACCAAGUCUAGAAUCUUUUUCCCCAUGUCAAUGUUUGC